GUUCCUCAUAUGUUUCACGCUCGCGGUGACAAUCUGACAGUGACAGACAGAUCAGAUCACUCGAGUAAAUAAAAUAAGUUGUGGUGUUUGUUACUUUGUUAUUGUAAAUCUAUUUAAAAUAUUGUAAAUUUGAGGGCAAUCUUAACACAAGAGGUUUGAUAAUGACUGUUAACAAUACCAUUGCACAUCAACGGCUCAUACUCAGUGGAGAUCGAGAAAGAUUUAAGGAGCUAUUAAGACGAAGAUUAAUUGAAUGUGGAUGGCGUGAUCAAGUGAGGAUGCUGUGUCGAGACAUGGUUAAGGAGAAUGAGGGUGGUAAUGUAACAUUUGACAUGUUGGUCAAUAGAGUGACUCCACGAGCUAGAGCACUAGUGCCAGACACAGUUAAGAAGGAGCUACUUCAGAAAAUCAAGACGCACCUUCUCACACAAAAGGACCAAUGAAUAAUUAAUAAGAACAGUAAAACCUUGAUUAUCCAAACUAAUUGGGAUCUAAACUAGUUUGGAUCAAAAUGUGGGUCUUUUGGGAUGGCUAGCCAAUUUUGGGGUCUUGUAUUUGUAUAUUAUUCCAAUAUAUUAUUUGAGUUUCGAAUUUACUGUGAUAACCUGAUAACUGAUAAAUUGCUCAUUUUCUGUCUGUUGAACUACAUUUUGUUAUAAAAUUCAAUUUGUCAACAACCUUAUUGAAACUUAAAUAAGAUAAUGUAUGGAAAUAGUAAUUAUGACAUUUAUGACUUUUCAUAGAAUCUGUCAUGCUGAUACUCAUCUUGGUUAGGGCCCCGGCACAGUAUAUAUGAUUGUAAUAUGAUAAGAUUCAUAAACUAGCCGUGUCUUAUCCAACCUCAACAUUGGCAGAAUCAUCAUCACCUUGAUGGAGCCAUAACACGAAAAAUUGAUUCAUUAAAAAUUAUAUUAAAAUAUAAACACCUAAAAAAGUACAGAUAAUCAAGGUUUUGGAUAAACUAAGUCGACAUUCAGAUAAUCAAGGUUCUACUGUCAAUCAAAACAUAUUGUCAUAUUGAAGUAUUUCAGUGCACCAUUCAUAUUUAUAAAAAACUGAAUAAAACACUUUCUACAACCAA